AUGACUGCCUCAUACCUUAACAGCGAACUUGCGCUGGGGGAAGUGGAUCUCGCGCUUCUUCUGUCUCUCGGUCUUGAGGGAGGCCUCGUGCUUGGUAAGGCGGCGACGGAGAUCACGGGUAAGCUUGGGGCGAAGGUCGAGAGGGAGGUACUUCUUGUUCUUGUAGAACAAGCGGAGCUGAGCGCGCUGGUUGGCGUUGAUGACGGUGUGGACACGAGCAAUCGACUUGCGGACGUCGUGGCUGUAACAAAUUCACAAUCAGCAUUUUCUGGUCUGCUUCCGUUUUCCCGUUGUGGUUGUCCAAAAAGAAUUUUGCGCUGUCGUUGCAGUCCCUCCUCUUUUCGCAGUAGAUUCGGGGGUUUCUUGGGACGGUUGAAGAUCUUCUUAGCCUAA